CGCCAGAGCAAGAUGGCAGACACGAUGGCCACUGCCGGGGCUGGCAGCUCCGGAACGAGAUCAGGAAGUAAACAGUCCACUAACCCUGCUGAUAACUACUAUCUGGCCCGGAGGCGAACCCUGCAAGUGGUUGUGAGCUCCUUGCUGACAGAAGCAGGGUUUGAGAGUGCUGAGAAAGCAUCUGUGGAAACAUUGACAGAGAUGCUACAGAGCUACAUUUCAGAAAUUGGAAGGAGUGCCAAGUCUUACUGUGAGCAUACAGCUAGGACCCAGCCCACGCUGUCGGAUAUCGUGGUCACACUUGUUGAGAUGGGUUUUAAUGUGGACACUCUCCCUGCUUAUGCAAAACGGUCUCAGAGGAUGGUCAUCACUGCCCCUCCAGUGACCAAUCAGCCAGUGACCCCGAAGGCGCUCACUGCAGGACAGAACCGACCCCACCCACCGCACAUCCCCAGCCAUUUUCCUGAGUUCCCUGACCCCCACACCUACAUCAAAACUCCGACAUACCGCGAGCCUGUGUCCGACUAUCAGGUCCUGCGGGAGAAGGCUGCAUCCCAGAGACGUGACGUGGAGCGGGCACUCACCCGUUUUAUGGCCAAGACAGGCGAGACCCAGAGUCUUUUCAAAGAUGACGUCAGCACGUUUCCAUUGAUUGCUGCCAGGCCUUUCUCCAUCCCCUACCUGACAGCUCUUCUCCCAUCUGAACUGGAGAUGCAGCAAAUGGAAGAGACGGACUCCUCGGAGCAGGAUGAGCAGACUGACACGGAGAACCUCCCUCUUCAUAUUAGCACGGAUGAUUCUGGAGCCGAGAAGGAGAACACCUCUGUCCUGCAGCAGAACCCCUCCUUGGGGAGCCGCAAUGGGGAGGAGAACGUCAUCGAUAACCCCUACCUGCGCCCUGUGAAGAAACCCAAGAUCCGCAGGAAGAAGUCUCUCUCGUGAGUUGAGAAGGAAACCUGCCUUGUACAGAGACACGGACACCACUCUCCUAGGGGAGUUAAAGUCACUCCCGGGAAGCAGAGAGGAUGGCCUCCCCAUGGUCCAGCCAAGGGUGCUUGGGCGUGACUGGGCAUGAUUUUAACAGCAAACUCUCUGUUAAGAUUUCCUAUUUUCACUGGAUGUUUGGGUUGAGGAACAUAGGGUGGUAAUAAAAUGAAGCUUUCUUAACCAACCAGGCUGUACGGUGGGGUGUAGGAGCAGCGAAUGACUUCAUUUCUUAUCACAGGACCUCAUUCCUUUGAAACCUGAAAGACCAGCGAAGGCAACAGGAAAGAAGGGGUUCUGUGCCUCCUUGGCAUAUCGCCAGAAAGACUUUGCCUAGUUUCUAAUUAAGGCUAUUGGGACCCCUUGUAUUGACUCACAAACAACUUGUAGCACCAAUUUAUCAUCCUAGAACCUCCUUUUUGUUAUUUUCCUCACCUGGGCUCCAAGCGCCCUGUUGAGCUGACUGAAGGUGACGUUGACUUCCCUCAUUUUGGAAACAGGAGGCCCACACCAUCAUUCCUUGCUCCAGGGCUGGCGGGAAUGAGGAGGUGGGAACAGAAACAUAACAUGGAGGAGAAUGAUGCAUAACGGUGCACCGAGUCUCUCAUCAGCAUUUGAUGAACACUCCCUGAAACAUUUAUCAUUUAUUGUACCUCUUGGAAUGUGUGCUUGGGAACUACCAAGUCCUGCCCCAUCCCGGAAGAGUUUUCUCCGACAAGAGCCUCUAUCAGUGAUAUAUUGUGCUGUGCCUUGAUAGAGGAAUCACCAAGUUUAAACAACAGGAAAGGGAUUUGAUGGGGGGCAGGGGGUAGGCAUGAGAUCUUGAGGGCUGAGAUGGCUUUGCAUUCUGAGGGCUGAGAAACCCGGCCCGGUCUGCCAGAAGGUCGGAAGGUCGGCACAGACGGAAAGCCGUGCCCCUGCGCCAUGGCAGAAGUGCGCUGGGAGGAGCCAGCAGCCAGGCCAGGUGUUCUUCCAGAAGCAGGUCUGAACCGGUUCGACCUCUUUGCUUCCUGGGAGAGAUUUCGUCUUUCACAUACUCUACAGAUCAAAAAACAAGUGCUUAAGGAAGAUGCUGUGCAAGCUGAUCCUUUUGACUGGUCUCCAAAGGAAGAGGUUUAACAACCGAGUCUUAGGAAUAAACAUGCCAGUGACCCUGGGAAGUUAACAGGAUAAACGAGGAGUUCCCUGGGCUAGCACCCUAACGUCCACGUUGAGUUUUCCUAUACUUGGCUUCCACAGUCAUCUCGUAAUCUUCCAUGUUCUUGGUGAACUUGAAAACUCAGAAAACUUGGUGACUUCGACAGCAGGCUCGAUGUCCCUCUGGCCUCAGUUCUCUAGGGCACUGCAUCCCGUCACCCUGGAGGAACGAGCUGCUUGUCAGUAACUGAAGAGGGGAUCCCGGUGAGAAAAGUGGAUUCCCCAGCUCUGGACCAAAGUUUUUCGGGUUUGUGGUGGCCUGAAACCCUUCCCGUUGAAAGCAGUCAGGUGGGCCUGUGCCGACCCUGGGAGUGUGUGGUCGGCUCUUGGCGGUUCUUGGUCUGUUGAGUUUGACUCCAGUCCCAGGUCUGAGUCACAGCAGAGGCACGAGGAAACCUUCCCGGCUUGCUGUCUUCACAGCUCUGGGAGCGGUCAUCCCUGUCAGUAUUUCUGCAGUUCCUCCUGCUGUUACCAUUCAGAACGAACACUCGCUGAGUGCCCCACACUAAGGGCAAGGGCAAGAUUUGGAAAAGAGUUGCCAGGUCCGCUGUGGGGGUUUCAGAGGCUGUGCUGCUGGGAUUCUGUGCUGGAUGAGAUGCCGGGAGACGGUCAGACAACCUGGAAUGUUGCCCGGACUAUUGUGUUGUAAAAACUGUGCCUACUCCUCAAUGUAUAUUUACACAUUUCUAUUUUUUAUAAUUUGGGGGGAAUUCUUGGAGGGAAAAAGUAGUAAACACAAUAAGUUUAAGAAUGUGUUUUGUAAGCUCUUAAUAAA